AGCACAACUCCCAUACUUCCGAUUGCACACGAUGCCUGCGCUGCCCACUCGAUCGCGGCGAGCAGCAUCCCGUCGUGCGGUUAUCGAAUCCUCCGACGAAGAAGACCACACCAUGCAACAGCAGGACAGUGACGAGGAAGAGUUCACGCCCGCACCAAAGAGCACGAGGCGGGCGUCGCGCAGGCCGACCACUGACGCACCGGCGACACCGGGCACUGGAACCCGAUCGCGGAGAACAAGAGCCAGUGUGGCAGCUGAGGAUGCUGAAGCAGAGCCUGUGAAAGCUCCUGCCACUGCCAGAAGAGGAAGACGAAACGUCCGCGAGAGUCGCAGAGCCAGAGCUUCCGUUGCUCCAACUACAGAAGCCACAGAUGAUGACAUCCCCCCGCCGACUCCGAAUCCUACGACAUCUCCCAAAACCGAGCACCAAUCAACGCCGCUAGCAGACAUCACCGAAAGUACUGUCAACGAGCAGGCGGAUGACGCCCAAACGCCGAAACAGUCCGUGGAGCGGUUUGAGCCUGAGCAGCAGCCUGAAUCUGUGCAGCAACCCGAACCUGUGCAACAACCUGAGCCUGUGGAGCACUCUGGGGCUGUGGAACAAACCGAGGCGCCGACUGCGGAUGCCGACGUGGACAUGAUGGAUGUCGACAUGAACGAUGCACCAGCGCCCGAGCAGCCACCCGUCCCAAUAUCACCACACGCAGUCAAGAAGGUUGACCCGCGAAUAACUGAGUUGGAGAGGCCAAUGGAUAUUGCGGCUAGAGCAAGAGCGACAGCCAUGCCGACUUCGCAAGAGCCUGCGCCGCCGAAAUCCAGGAUUGUUAUCACAUGGCUAAUUCUGACAAAUUUCAAGAGUUACGCGGGCAGACAGGAGGUUGGACCAUUCCAUGCUUCCUUCUCAUCUGUCGUGGGCCCGAACGGUUCCGGAAAAUCGAAUGUGAUUGAUUCUCUGCUGUUCGUCUUCGGCUUCAGGGCGAGUAAGAUGAGACAGGGUAAGAUAUCUGCGUUGAUUCAUAAUUCGGCGGAGUUCCCGAAUCUGGAUUAUUGUGAGGUCGAAGUCCACUUUCAAGAGGUUAUGGACCUGCCCCAAGGAGGACAUGAGAUAAUCCCGGAUUCGCAACUUGUCAUCUCACGGAGAGCAUUCAAGAGCAACUCUAGUCAGUAUUACAUCAACGGAAAGCCAUCAAACUUCACUGUUGUUGGGGCAUUGCUUCGGGAAAGAGGCGUCGAUCUUGACCACAAGCGAUUCCUCAUCUUGCAGGGUGAGGUAGAAUCCAUUGCGCAAAUGAAGGCCAAGGCCGCGAAUGAGCACGAUGACGGGUUGUUGGAAUACCUGGAGGACAUUAUUGGCACGUCGAAAUACAAGACGCCAAUCGAAGAAUCGGCCGCGCAGACAGAAACCCUCAAUGAAGUCUGCAUGGAGAAGAGCAACAGAGUGCAACACGUCGAGAAGGAAAAGGAGAACCUGGAAGAAAAGAAAAACAAGGCCUUGGCCUACAUUCGGGAUGAAAAUGAGUUGGCUACAAAACAGUCUGCGUUGUAUCAGGUCUACGUUGAAGAUACCAAUGACAACAUUGCGGUCACCCAGGAAGCCAUAAACGAACUAUCUGGUCAACUAGACGAGGAGCUACAAAGACAUCAAGGAAACGAGGAAGGCAUCAAAGAACUUGAGAAGCAAUACAAGGCUGGGUCUAAGGACUACGACAAGCUCGAGAAGCAAACUCAAGAAGUGGUCAAAGAGCUCGCCAAGUUGGACAAGGAGACGGUCAAGUUUGAAGAGAAGAAGAAGUUCUUGACCAACAAACAAAAGAAGCUUCAGAAGACUCUGGAAAGUAGUAGAUUUGCCGCUGGUGAAUCGGAGACGACCGUGCAACAAUCUUCCGACGACAUUGCUCGCAACACUGAGCAAAUCGCCGAAUUGCAGGAAAACAUGCAGGGUGAAGAGGAGGAGCUGAGCAAAAUCCGAGAUAGCCUCAAGGGCAAGACUCAACACAUUUCCGACCAAAUUGCCGCCAAGCAGAAGUCUCUUGAGCCCUGGAACGAAAAGAUCAAUGAGCAGCAGUCAGCCAUGGCUGUCGCACAAAGUGAGCUGGAUAUAUUGCGCGAGAAGGAUAACGCGGGCGCCGUUGCAAUCGCCGAAACCGAGGCUAAAAUCGCGGGGCUUGAGGAAUCAAAGGCUGCCAAGGAAACAGAAUUGGAGGAAUGCGAUGAACAGAAGAGCCAUUGUUUGAAAGCGAUCAAGGAAGCGGAGAAGGAGCUGGCUGGGCUGGCAGAGAAAGAACCCGCGAUUCGUUCAAAGUUAUCGGGGGCUCGACAAAAGGCAGACGAAGCACGCGCCAGCCUUUCGGCCACCCAAACUCAAGGGAACGUCCUGACAGGCUUGAUGCGCCUCAAAGAGUCUGGUCGUAUCAACGGUUUUCACGGCCGGCUCGGUAACCUUGGUGCUAUUGACCAGAAGUUCGAUAUCGCCAUUUCAACUGCUUGUCCGUCCUUGGAUAACAUGGUCGUUGACUCCGUCGAAGUGGGCCAACAAUGUAUCGAGUACCUCAGAAAGAACAAUCUUGGUCGGGCCAACUUCAUUCUCUUGGACCGCUUACCGCAGCGCGACCUGUCCCCGAUCGAAACUCCAGAGAAAGUCCCCAGACUUUUCGACUUGGUGAAGCCCAAGCACGACAAAUUCAGACCCGCCUUCUUCAGCGUCCUCCAGAACACGCUGGUUGCCAAGGAUCUGGAACAAGCCAACCGCAUAGCCUAUGGAGCAAAGAGAUGGCGCGUGGUAACUCUCGAUGGCCAGCUUAUCGACAAGUCCGGUACUAUGAGCGGUGGUGGCACCAGAGUCGCGAAGGGUGGGAUGUCUUCGAAGCUGGCCGGGGACGUUACGAGAGACCAAGUUGCCAAGCUCGAGGGUGACCGCGACACCAUUGAGCAGAGCUUCCAGGAGUUCCAACAACAGCAAAGGGAGAUGGAAACAAUGUUGAGGAAACUCAAUGACGAAAUACCCAAGUUGGAGACUAAAGCGCAAAAGCUCGCUCUCGAGCUUGAAAGUUUUGAUCGCAACAUCGCGGACUUGAAGCGUCGUAUCAAAGAAAUUGCUGCUGAGCAGCAGCCCUCCAAGUCUGAUAAGGCUCGUGCGGCUAGUUUGGAGAAGGACAUUGCCGGUAUGGAGAAACGCAUCAAAAAGCUCCACUCUGAAACUGCUGGAGUUGAAGAGGAAAUCAAAGAGCUGCAAGACCAGAUCAUGGAGGUUGGCGGUGUUAAGCUACGUCUUCAGAAAGCCAAGGUAGAUGCUCUCAAAGAGCAAGUUGACACACUCACCGAAGAGAUGUCGACCGCUGAGGUUUCCAAGGCAAAGGCCCAAAAGCAGAAGACCAAACAUGAGAAGUCCUACCGAGAGGCAGAGGCUGAGCUAGAGAACUUGGCUGCAGAGCUUGAGAAGGUUGAGGAGGACGUGCAAAACCAGAAGAGCGGCACCAGUGGAUGGAGGGAACAGGCAGAGCAAGCGCAAGAUGCGCUUGAAGAAAAGAAAGAAGAGCUGCAGAGUUUGAAGGCUGAACUGGAUGCCAAGGUUACGGAGCUCAACGAGACGCGCGGUAUCGAGAUCGAAAUGCGCAACAAGUUGGAGGAACAACAGAAAGCCCUCAAGGAAAAUGAAAUGCGCCUACGCCAUUGGGAGGACAAGCUCAGCAAGUUGACCAUCCAGAACGUUGGCGAGUUUAGUGAGGAGCAGGAGGGCGAUUCUCUGCCCACGUACACAAAGGAUGAGCUGCAGGACAUGGACAGGAAUUCUCUCAAGCGCGAGAUCGCCGCAUUGGAAGAGAAAACUCAAAAUGUUCAAGUCGAGCUGGGCGUCCUGGCAGAAUAUCGCCGCCGCUGCGAGGAGCACACAGCACGCAGCGCUGAUCUGGCCACUGCAGUUGCCGAACGCGACGCAGCUAAGAAGCGCUGCGAUGAACUGCGCCGUCUGCGUCUUGAGGGCUUCAUGGAAGGCUUCAGUCAGAUCUCAUUGCGCCUCAAGGAGAUGUACCAGAUGAUCACCAUGGGCGGCAAUGCUGAGCUGGAGCUGGUGGAUUCCCUGGAUCCUUUCUCCGAAGGCAUCCUGUUCUCAGUCAUGCCGCCAAAGAAGAGUUGGAAGAACAUCAGCAACCUUUCUGGUGGUGAAAAGACGCUCUCGAGUCUGGCACUCGUGUUCGCCUUGCACCACUACAAGCCUACGCCUUUGUAUGUCAUGGACGAAAUUGAUGCGGCGUUGGAUUUCAGAAACGUUUCGAUUGUUGCAAGUUACAUCAAGGAGCGCACCAAGAAUGCGCAGUUCGUCGUCAUCUCGUUGCGAAACAACAUGUUUGAGCUGGCUUCGCGGUUGGUGGGUGUGUAUAAGGUUAACCAUAUGACCAAGAGUGUAACGGUCGAGAACAGGGACUACAUUAUCCCCAGGGCAUAAGGAUUGGUUCCGGGUUUGGGUUUAUGAGAUCAACGUUCGGUUCGGUCAGGCUAGAUACGGAAUGAUAACCCCGGGUGGCUUUGUUUUAUUCGAAGGCGUUGACUGGGAAGGCUAUGGUUGCACUGGAAGUUUUCUCUGAACGACAGCUGUGUCAAAUCAAAUUAUUAUUCUCUCCAAUCACCCUCAACUACCAAUGUAAAAAAAAAAAAAAAAGGGGGGGGGGGGGGGUAUAUC